AUGGCAGCGCUGCAGAAGUUAUCGCAACUGUCGCAGCCACACUGUGUGCUUCUCGCCGUACAAUAUGCCACCGAAUCCAAUAUCCUAGCGUUACGGGCGCUGACAGCACUCCGAGACGGCGAUCUGCCGCUCGAGCUUACCCUGAGCAUCAUCCUCAACUACCUCCCGGAAGAGAGCGACCCCUCGUCGUAUCAUGACUUUCUGCAUGACCUGGCGACUGGAUCGCGGUAUCCUGGGGAAACUCCCGCUGCAUCCCUCGACAUAUCCGCGGUCGAACAACUCUCCAAUUCGCGGGCGAAGAAGAGAAGGCACGCGCUGCAUCUCCCGCCUGUAGUGCAUCCCCUCUACGCAGACGAGGGCGAGCUCGACUUGUUCAGCCACUUUCUCAUACACCGCGCCCACCGCAUCGACGCGCAGACGGGCCUGCUGGAUCUCGUCCCCCAGCUCGUGGUUCCCUUUCUGGGCCAUUCCGAAUACCUACGCACAUGGUUCAUAUCCACCGUCCUCCCGCUUCUGCGCCUCAGUUACGAAUACUACCCGCAAUCGUCCGCUACCACGCUUGACGAAUUCGCCUCGCUCAAAGGACGACGUGCUAUCGAUCACCAACUCUCACACGUUCGAAACGCAAACGAUGCCCAGAUACACAAUGCAGCACGGGACCUGAAGGGCGUCGUUGCCCCAUGGCUAUGUGGAGCCAACGAUCGCAAGAGGCGGCGAAUUACACGCGAAGGUCGGAGAGCGUCAAUUGCGCAGGACCAAGCACACGAGCCAGACGAUUGGGAUUGUCUGUUCCAGUGGCUGCUACAUGCCUCAAAGGACCACCUGCCACUCGUUGCUUCAGCCAUCGCCGACUGGGACGGCCCAGAGGAUAUGGACCUGGGUGGCUAUGAAGAAGGACGGGACUUUGUCGACGACGACCAACAGCGACGAUUGGAGAUGAAAUAUGCACGAACAGCUCUGGCGUGCCUCUACCUGGUCGACAAGAGCGAUGUUGCAUCACUGCAAACGGCGCAUUCGCUCUUGUCGAGGAUAUGUACCCUUCUCAACUACGAGCCGCCUCCAGACCUUAGUAUCGGCGUGGGGCAAUUGCCCUCGUACGACCUAAAGGAUCCUCUGCUGCAAGACUCGACGACUGUUCUACUUAGGGAGGAUCGUUUGUUGGACAGAGAUAACGUCAUUACACAACCUGGCGCUGAAGCAUUCCGCGUCCUUGAGCUAAUUAUUUUCUCCUCUUGUGUUCUGUCAACUUUGCAGCAACCAGUAUCCAUUCGAGAGGUUGCUAAAAUGUCACUACGCGACGACUACUCGGAGCAACUAUCGUUGCUACAAAAGAUACUCCAUACACUGAACAGCGGCUCCAAGAAAGACAGCGAACAGUGGGCCACUAUUCGUUCCAAGUUGUUGUGGCUAUGGAACUGGGGUACUGACAACCACGACGAAGAUCGCCAAGCCCAGGGUAUCUUUGGUUUGCUAGAGCGAAAGGCUUUGGAAACGGAGAUACUAAAAGCGCUUCUGGAGAGCAAUCAUUUCUCUCUCGCGAUAGAUCUGUACAUGAAGCCAGCAUUCGGGCAGCAGCCGCUUCUUUCGUCCGAUGUCGAACAGGUCGUACUCGCAUCAGCCAUGCACCACUACGACAAUGCGAGCAACGGUAACCGCAACAGGGGUGGCAUGAAGCGUGCCGCCGAUAUCAUCAACGCAUUUGUCCCUCACUUUUCCUCGUCGUCGCGGUUCCGACGGUUUCAAGCCUUGCUCACAGCGACGCAUGCCAUGUCAUUCUAUUCACUCAUACUCCAGCAUGGUGUACCUUUCCAGCCGGUCAACAUUCGAGUGAGCCCUAAUCCACUGUCGCUGGUGCGUAAGCUGCUAUCACAAAAUAGCGGUAGUUAUACCAAGCUAGACGACUUGGUAUCUAUCGGGCAGAACCUAGUAGUUGCAAUGCCGUCGACUAUCAUGGAAGAAGAAGCAGAGAGCAUACCGAUGGAUCCCACAUCGAUUGAACGGAAGAAAGCUGCCGCGGAGCGACGAGUGAUCGGAAUGGCCAUCGAAGCAGCACUAGAAGAAGAUGACUUUGAGACUGCUUACUCAUAUGUCGUCAACCGACUAACCCCUUCGACCCCAUCUCCAACGCCACCAACGUCGUCAAAUUUCUUCUCAUUCGGAUCUGCAGAUGCCGAAGACCAUGAAGACGAGGCAGAAGAUGUUGCGUGGCGGGCUGCUCUGCGCGCUGGCCGACACGAUACGUCUCUCGCUUCAUCAAACUCCUGGUCACAAGCUGGUAAUGCAGCACGCCCAGACUUGAGAAGAUUAGAACAGCGCAUGGAGCUACUCUCGCAGGCCCUGCUGCUUGCCCCGCCCAAUCGCCUUGAAGAAGUACUAGGAGUAUGGCAACAAUGCGAAGCCGAGAUGAUGCACCUCCUGGCACAAGAGACCGAAGCAGAAGAGCGCUUCAACGAUGCAGCCGACCGCAAACUCCCCGGCGCCUUCGACAUGGACACCAUUACCGUACAGCCGCGCCGUGAAGUCGGUCGCGGCGCUGUGGAAGAAGCACCCAUGGGUCUCUUUGACGUAGCGCGUGGGGCUGCUGCAGCGUUCUCCAAAACGGCAUUUCCACUGAGGGGUAGUGCUCAAGUUGCAACUUCUACAGGAUCUGCAGGGCCGGGCUCGGGAAGGGUUAGUAUGGAUGGGAGCGAGAAUGGUAGUAUGGAUGGAGGUGAGAGGGUCAGGAGGAGGGACAUGGUGGCCAAUGUUGCUACUGGGGCGCUUGCGUCUGGUUUGGGUUGGAUGUUGGGAGCAAAGCCAGUCAAUGAAUAG